GGGAGGGGAGGGGGGCCCGAAAGGGAGAAAAGAGCAGGCGGUUACUUUAGGCUGACCAGCCAACUGGUAACAAUGUGUCUGUUCCAACAGUAGAAAAGGAAGCCGGCUUUAUUUAGUGCUUUGCAACCCAUUCAAGGCCAAAAAAAGGGGAGAGAGAGAGAGAGAAAAUAGAAAAGACGCCUGGGUGACCCUUCUAAUCCUAAGCAGACAGAAGAGAAAAGCUGCAAACAAAAUUCGGCACAUCUUUCAAACCGAACCAAAACUUGGACUGAGUUCUGUAUGUAUGUGGUUUUUUUUUGAGAGGGGGUGGUUCCUUUUUUUUUUCUUUUAUAAUCUUUUUGUUUUGGGGGAGCUGAGCACCUUUUUUUGGAGGGGGGAAAGAAACGGACCUGGGUUGGAAAUCUCGUUUCCAGACCACCGCUUGGAAAAAAAAGGGGGGAAGCAUUUUGGUCAUUCGCCCACUCCCUGAAUUUUUGAUUCUUGGGAAUUGCAAAUUUGUUUCCCAUGGAUUUUUUGUCCUCUUUUCGGGUGUUGAUGACCUGCUAGGAAUGGCACCAUCGCAGAGAAGAAAUGGCAACCUGAACUUUGCCUGUUGACUGGAGAAAUCUGGCUUUCUCUUUACCUUCUUCCAUGCCAAAUAAAAAAGGAACUUCAAGAAAGAGAGGAAAUCCAGGAGGUAGUUUCUCGGAGAUGUUGAGGUUGCUGGCUUUUCCCCAUCUUCUCCUGUUUUGAGCAUCUUUGAUCUUCAAGAUUUUGGCCUUCCCGCAACGAAGCUGAGUCUAUGAUUGUGCGUUUGCCUUCUUGCGAAGAGUUGAGCAAAAGCCGAAGAAGUUUGGAGAAUGACUUUUCUUUGAGGGAAUUAAUAUUCUCCCCUCCAUGCUUAUCUAUUCUUAGACACUAGAUUAAAGCUCACCAAUCCCCACCCCAACACCCCGGCUGCGAAAUCGAAUUCUGAUCGGCCUCAUCAACCCAUGCCAGGGCCGGGUUUUUUAAUAGCUUUGUGCCACUGGGAAUGUGACCUGGCCCACGACGAGAAGAUCCGGAGAAUUACUUGAACGAUGGGGGUCUCGACUGAGUGAAAUGAAUUAAGGAGGGUGUACCCUUGGGGUGUGGGCUUUUCUUGAGAGGACAGGGAAGGGGGCGAGGAGGAAGAAGGGAAGUGUGGAUUUUGCCUAAGUGGAGACCAGCACAGCUGACCAACCCCCUAACAAAAAAAAAUAAUAAGUCUUUUGAAAGAAAGAAAGAAAGAAAAAGCCCUCCCCAGGCAGAAAAAAAAAUGGGCUGGCUGCCUUAUUCCUGAAAGCCAAGCUGUGCCAGUAAGAAUUGAAAAUAAAAUCAAAAUUAUAACAGGAGUUGAGGGUUGCCAAGACAGACGUAAGACGCUGGGCCGGAAUCAGUUAUGAUGCUGCAACUGGAGGUCACGGUCUUCCUCGUCACCCUGGUCAGGGUCUGCGUGUGGACAGAUGAUAGCAGCAAAAUCAUCUCGGAUCGGUACGCGGUCUACUGGAACAAGAGCAACCCCAGGUUCCACCAAGGCGACUACACGGUGGACGUGAGCAUCAACGACUACCUGGACAUCUACUGCCCGCAUUACGAGGUGCCUUUCCCCCGGGAGCGCAUGGAACGCUACAUUCUCUACAUGGUCAACUACGAGGGCCACGAUUCGUGUGACCACCGGCAGAACGGCUUCAAGCGCUGGGAGUGCAACCGACCCGACUCACCCAACGGGCCGCUGAAGUUCUCCGAGAAGUUCCAGCUUUUCACCCCCUUCUCCCUGGGGUUCGAAUUCAGGCCGGGACAUGAAUAUUAUUACAUCUCGGCCACCCCACCAAACCUGGUCGACAGGCCGUGCUUAAAGCUGAAAGUUUAUGUCCGGCCAACAAACGAUUCUCUGUAUGAGUCUCCAGAACCGAUCUUCACCAGCAAUAACUCCUGUUGCAGCUUCACUGUCCCUGAUGCCUUCUUCGUGGUUGUGCCAGUGUUCUGGAUUAUUUUGACUUCCUAGCCCCUGCGGAAAAGCACGGGAAGAGGAAAACCAAUGUCCCUUUCAGCGGAGUGCUGGGGAAACACAUCAUGGGGCAACCAAGGAGAGAAAGAGAGACAACUGGAGAGGACCCAGAGCAAAGAGAGGAACCCUAGAUUUCAAUUUUUUAAAAAUUAUUAUCAUUAUUAUUUUCGCCAGAUCGGUUAAAACGAGCAAAGUGGUCCAGUUUGUGCAGGUUGGCUACAAGGUGGGGUGGAUGAUGGAGCGUCCGGCGCUGCCCUAGGCC